AUGGCAACCUCACUUUCGGGACUUGACUCUGUCAAACACCUCGUCAGCUCGGGCGUGUCUACGGAAAGGCCCUCGCGCUGGUCUGACACGAACAUUGAGCGACCUGCUUUGAUCGUCACGCCCAAGACCGAGCAAGAUGUUCAGGCUGCUCUUCAAGUCGCCAAAACCAACAGCCUUACUGUCGUCGCCAGUGGUGGAGGCCACGGCACCUUUGUUACCGUGAGUCCCAAGACGCUAUACCUGGACAUGAAGGAGUUCAAAGCCAUCGAGUUGGACAAGGACAAAGGAACGGUCCGAGUCGGUGGCGGUGUUGUUACCGGGGAGUUGUCCAAGGCUUUGGCUAAAGAGGGCUACUACACCCCCCUUCCCAACUCUAACGCUGUGGGCGUCGUGGGAUGUGUGAUUGGAGGAGGCAACACUCCUCUGAAUGGCCUUCACGGAUGGAUGGCUGAUAUUGUCGUCUCAUUCCGCGUCGUUACUGCUGGAGGUGACACUCUCGAAGUCAGCUCUUCAUCAACCGGACAGGAACUUACCCUGUUCAAUGCUCUCUGCGGAGCGGGUCACGGGCUGGCUGUCAUCACGUCCAUCGAGACAUCUGCCUAUCCUAUCGCCAAUCUCAACAUGCCAGAAGGCAAGGUUUGGACUCGUUCGCUUGUCUUUCCGGUCUCAGCCAUCGACACAGCUGCACAGUUGUUCUUGGAUCUUCUACGUCCUCCCCCAGCCGCGAGCAUCACCCUUCUGGGUAUGCGCAGCCCGCCGGGUACACCAGCAGCCGGAGCCCCAAUCAUCGUCUUGGGAUAUUCAUACUUUGGUCCUGCAGAGGAGGCUGAGAAGCACGCCGCCCCGUUAUUCCAGGAGGACGUGGUCAGCAAGGCUGUCAUGGCCAACACGCUGUUUGUUUCCAUGGAAAACAUCAACGAUAAGCUUGAUCCGCUCAACACACACGGUGGGCACAAGGCGAUUGCAUCUUGUCGUCUGGAAAAGACAAACAUCGAAGCCAUCAAGAACGCUUUCCAGCUGUGGCUUUCAGUCACGACCAAGUAUCCUGAUUCUCAGAAGAGCCCAUUGGCCCUCUCUUCGCUUAACAGCACGAAGCCAACAGAGCUUGGCCAAGGACAUGCAGGUUCUGUCAAGUUCAUCGAGGGCCGGAACAGAGAUAUUUCCGCCCAGAUUGUGACCAUCUGCGAGAAGGAGGAGACAAUGGCUGCCCUCACUGGGUUCAUGGACGAUACCGUCGCUGAACUCAGGAAGGGUGAUCCAGGGACUGUCCCGAGGAGUUUUCCCAAUAACUUGAGAUUUGGGAUAAAUCUGGAAGAGAUGUUUGAUAAGGAGAGGCUGGCGAAGCUGAGAGAGGUCAAGAAGCUGUGGGAUGCCGAGGGACUCUUUUGGAACCCGUUUGAAGUCUAG